ACAACUGAUGGUUGCGUCCAGUAGGAAGAAUUGUGGGUAGUUUCCAACAUGGCAGCCCCCGACGGUCAGCCAAAUUUGUCUCAACUUUUUUCCGAUCUAAAUCGAGCUGGACAAGCCGGAGACUUUAAUAAGGCUCUGAAGAUUGCUACGAAGAUCCUGAAGCAGGACCCUCACGAUGAGAAGGCGUACCACUGCAAGGUGGUCAGCAUGAUCCAGCUGGGGCAGUUCAACGAGGUCAUCAGGUUCAUGGGCGGAAACUACAAGCUGUCCGACCCCCUGAAGUUUGAGCGAGCCUAUUCUCUGUAUCGGCUGAACCGCACCCAGGAAGCUUUAGAGGUCAUCAAGAAGAUUCCUGAACCAGACUACAGAAUUAAAGAACUUCUGGGACAAGUGCUGUACCGACUGGAGCAGCAUGACGAGUGCCUGGAGCUGUACAGGGAUCUCAUCAGGAACUCACAGGAUGAGUUUGAUGAGGAGAGAGAGACUAACCUGGCUGCUGUGGUGGCUGCUGCUCAGAUGUGGGGAGGGAAACAGCUGGAGGAUUAUGGGUUACGAGAGUCCACCUAUGAGCUGUCGUACAACGCAGCAUGUUCCCAGCUGUCCAAGGGGAACGUGAAAGGGGCAGAGGAAAAACUACAGAAAGCAGAAGAGCUCUGCAGGCAAAACUUGGAGGAGGACCCUGAAGUGACUGAAGAGGACAUUGAAGCAGAGCUUGGAGUUUUGAAAACCCAGCGAGCGUACUGCCUACAGCUCCAGGGCCAGAAUGAAGAGGCCACCAAGAUUUACAACCAGGUUCUCAAGUCAAGACCGACAGAUGUGGGGCUUACAGCAGUGGCUUCCAAUAACAUCAUCUCUCUCAACAAGGACCAGAAUGUCUUUGACUCUAAGAAGAAGAUCAAGUCAGCAACAGCAGAAGGUGUAGACCAGAAGCUCACCAAGCAGCAGCUGAGAGAUAUCGCCUUCAAUAAGUGUCUGCUGCAGAUGUACACCAACCAGAGUGACAAGACAGAGAACGAGGCCUGUAGGAAGCUGGCUAAGUCCCUCCAGGAGGAGUACCCUGACCAGGACAUGCCCCUGCUCAUCCAGGCCGCUCAGCUCUGCAGGGAGAAACAUCGCCAGAAGGCUGUGGAGCUGCUCUGUGAUCACAUCAACAACAGGCCCAACCCCAGCAUCACCAUGAAGCUGACUUUAGCUCAGCUCCACUUGAACCAAGGUAACGCUGGGCAGGCAGCCGAGGUUCUGCAGUCAGUGGGGGAACUGAGAUAUAAACCAAACAUGGUGUCCACCCUGGUGAACCUGUACUCCAGCAUGGAGAACAUAGAGGGCGCUGCUGAGGUGUUGGACACAACUGUCAACUGGUACAAGGAAAAUCAUCCCUCCUCCCCGUACCUAGCCCAGCUGAUGCGAGCCAGCUCCCAGUUCAAACUGAAACAUGGCCAGGCACAGAAGGCCACGGAGAUACUAGAGGAGCUCAGGAGCAUGUACCCUGAUGAUGUGAAGACUAUAGCCCAGCUGAUUUCUGCCUACUCCCAGUGUGAUCCGAAGAAGGGCGAGCAGGAUUCUGUCAUUGUGCAGAAGAAAAAGAGGAGAAAAAAGAAAGGAAAACUUCCCAAGAACCAUGACCCCAGUGUGACCCCUGACCCCGAGAGGUGGCUUCCAAUCAGGGAGAGGUCAUACUUCAAAGGUCGCAGGAAGAGGAAGCAAAAGGAUGGAGUUGGAAAAGGAACACAAGGAGCCACUGUAGGAGCAGCCUCAGACCUGGAUGCCAGCAAACCUCAGGUUACCCCAAGUUCUCCCAGGGCAGGGGCGAGUGGAUCGUCCCAGAGUGUCCCCGCAGGAGCCAGUGGUACAGCCCAGCCUGAGAUGGUUGGACCCCGCCAACAGAAGCCACAAGCCUCUAGCAAAAAGUCAAAGAAAAAGAAGGGAGGUGGUAAAAAUAAAUGGUAACCAUAUAGACAUGGUUCCUAAGAGUAGGAAUAGGUAAUUUUACUUGUUUGAAAGUAAAAAUGUCAGACAGCAGUCUACAGUCUACAGCAAGAAAGACAACAAGAAAUAGCUUUGGUUUUUUUGGUUUUCAGAAAGGCCAAACCACAGUCAUUAUGUAAUGAUUAAGUAGAAGUGAUGAUGAGAGAGACGAUUGGAAUUCAUGAUGUUCCUGUCUUCUCAAUCUUUCUUAGAUACAAUGUGAUUAAUGAUGACAUGGCAGAGAAAUUUUCUCUCUGCAUUACAGUUGGUAAGAAAAUCACCCAUGCAUGUAUCCUAGUAAACAACACAUAUCCUAGCAACCUUCACUUACAAGUGCAGAUUGGUUGCUAACUCUUUAAUUCUCUUUUUUUUUCUCCUUUGGCUUAGAACGAGUCCAUAUAACUGGUGUGGCCUCUGUUAGCAUUUCUGACUGGGUUAGGGUCAAGUCACUAGGGUUACUGUAAAUGCAGAAAUGUUCGCAGCAGUUUUAUGUUCACACUUUUCAGUUAAAACCACUGCGAACGUUUUUCUAUUAUAGUAUGAGACUGAGUCUAUGGCGCUGCCGCGAACUCAAAACCACCGUGACAACUCCAUUUCCCCACUACCGCAAAAGUAAAUCCCUGCGAACUUAGAUGCAUUUACAGUAGCUCCAAUAUCCCAAAUAUGUUUCAAGCAAGUGAAGA